AUGCCGUCUACAUGUCCUGAGUGCGGCUCCCAAGAAACCCUCAGCUUCAUCGCCGAGGUGGGCCAAGAUGUAUGCUCCGACUGCGGCACCGUCCUUCAGGAUCUCCACCUGUACGAGCCUACCAACCGCUACGAGAUCGCCUACGCCCUCGGCGGGCCCUCUGUUGAGCGCACCGCUUGGAACUCUCUCGAACCGCACCGCAAUCCUCUCGUUCUGCAGCGAUGGCUCUCUACAACCGAAGAGGGGCGCAUCCGUAACCGCUACCAUCGAAAGCCCGAAGUAGAUGCUCGCAUCUCGGGAAUCUUGACAGCUCUUGGGCACCCGACCCUUUUGGACCAGGCCGACUUUCUGUUUCAACGGGCUCGCGAGAUCUCCUGGAACAUAAAGGACAAACCGCAAGUCGCAUUGCCGGACAAUGUAGAAGCUGCCGAUGAAUCCGAAGUUGCCGAGGGCGCAGACACGGGAUAUCAAGAUCUACCGGCUCGAUUCGUGCCUCCUCCGAUCAGUUGGGGCUCCAUGUCGCUUUACCUCGCUACUGCAUGCUGCUAUGCUGUCCUUCGCCUCCAAGGCAUCCGCGUCGACCUCGAGACCGUCGCAGACGCCGCCCAGAUCCCUUUUGCCCACGUGCGCCGCGCCUUCCACUGGCUCCGUCUGCUCGUCCGUGAUGCCGUACGCGGCGUCAGACUCUUUGACCCAGACGUCUACGUGCGCAGAGUGCUCGCCUUCUUCCGCUGCCAGCUUGAAUCCGCACAUCCCACCCUCAACCCCGCCGUCCUCAGCUAUCUCAAACCUCUUCAAGCGUCCGCCCUUGGGGACCGAACACACGAGAUCUCCUUCGAUCCAACUCGCAUCCUUUCCAACACGCCUUUCGAGGCCGUAGAGGCGACGGCGCUCCACGUGUGCUCCUUCUGGUGGCGGCAGCGCCAAGAAGGUGCAUCCAAGACUCGCUAUGCUGCUUUUGCAGCGGCCGUCUUGGCCAUGGAAGCGCACCUCAAGAUGCCGGCGCCCCUGACCGAGAUCUUUCGCCACACGCUCCAGGCACUCAACUUUGACGUGGCUCAAGCACAUCGGUCCGAUGCAGAAGCGAGCUCGGACAACCUUGGCAAGAGGCAUGCCAUGGCGCUCCACGCCGAGAUCUGCGCCGCACUCCGGCUGGAAGCUCUCAAGAUCCCCUGGCUCUCCGGUCUCGCUCCGAUCUCUCAAAAGGUGCGCUACAAGAACCGCCGCAAAGCCGCCAACAAGGAGGAGGCCAGCGAGGAUGGCGAGCCUGCCCCCGCGAGAAUGACGGAACUCGUGCGUCGUGAUCUCAUCGUCCAUGCAAUCGACGUGCUGCAAGUGUGGCAGGCUGUGCAGGGCAAAGUCACAGCGAAGCUUCCGACAGCGACCGGAGCGACGACAGACACGCGAGUUUCUCCGCGCGCCAACGUUACAAGCCGAAAGAGUCGUUCGAAGGACAAGGCGCCUGCGUCGGACGAGGCUUCUGAGCUCGACAGUGACUGGGACGAGCUCGAAUGCUUCGUGUCGACGACUCGGCAUGCCGACGAGCGGGACGCCACGGAAGCGCUGAAAGCUGAGGAGGCUGACGACGACGUGGAAAUCUGGCCGCGAAUCGAGAAGCGCCUGAAAGCGGAAGGAAUCGACACUGCCGCCAACCGCAUGCACGGCGACUCGGCCGACGUCGCCGAUGCCAAGCCGCAUCCGAUCGACUUGCUGACCGACGAGCAGGUGGACCGCCUGCUGUUUGAGCACGACGAGCUCCAGUCCAUCUUGCGCACCGACCCUGCCGAGCGGGCUGCGGUCGAGCGCGCCAAAGUGACCCUGGGCGUAUGGACGCAGGAAUCCGAGUACCAGCGCAAUGCCGAGAUUGCGGCGCUCGCACGCCGCGCCGAGGAGGAACGCGAGGCGCAACACCAGCGGCACAGCGCAAUGAAACGAGGCAGCCUCGACUCCACUGUGGCGGAACGUGCUGGGCCAAAGCGUCGCAAACAGCCGUCAAGCAGCCGCCAAGAUGGACAGACGAAGCAGAAGAGCAAGAAGGGGCGCACCAGAGCGCCAGCUGCGGUGUCGCUGCGCGAUCAGCGGGAUGAGUCCGACUGGAGCGACUGA